AUGUUACCUUGGGAAUUUAAUAUUUUAUUAGUUUCUGUAAUUUUACUGCUGAAAAAGAUAUAUGCAAAUGAAUUAACAUUUGAAUUGCCUGAUAAUGCUAAAGAAUGUUUUCAUGACAAUCUCAAAAUUGGUUCACAUUUUACAUUAGAAUUUCAAGUUAUAACAGGCGGUAAUUAUGAUGUAGAUUUAGAACUGAAAAGUCCAACCGGUAAAAUUUUAUAUAGAGAAACAAAAAGGCAAUAUGAUCAAAUUGAAAAAACAGCUGAAGAAGCGGGCGUUUAUCAAUUUUGUUUUAGUAAUGAAUUUUCAACAUUUACUCAUAAAACUAUUUACAUAGAUUGGAAAGUUGAUGGAGAUCCUGAACAUGAAAUUACACAACCAGGACCACGAGUUGCUGAAAGUGCAUUAACAAUGAUUGAAAGAAACGUAGAAAGAAUCCAUGAAAAUCUUGAAAAAUCUAUUGAUUAUCAAACGCAUCAUCGUCUUCGUGAAGCCACAGGUCGUGCACGUGCUGAAGACUUAAAUCAACGUGUACAAGAUUGGUCAUUAGGACAAUUUAUGUUAAUUAUAUUUGUAGCUAUUGGUACAGUUUUAUUACUUCGCUCAUUUUUCUCUGACCGAAAGACAUCUAAUAUGACAUGGAAUCGGUAA